CUUAUUUAAGUAGGAUUGGCCAAUGUCGAUAUAGCCUCAAACCCAAGGUUUCUAUGGUACAAAAGUAAGAUGGAGGAUCUUGCAGUUGAAGUAUGCGGCGAGAAUGGGGCCUAUUAUAAGGCCUUCGUUACAGACAUUUUCGAUGAGGAAGUAUCCGUUGCGUUCGAGAAAGAUUGGCAGCCAGAAUCAAAAUUUCCAUUCUCGCAAGUACGGCUUCCACCUGAUGACUCCACAAGCAAAUCAGAUUUCACUGAAAACCAGGAAAUUGAAGUAUUUUCGAGGGCCAAUGAUCAGGAAGCGUGUGGUUGGUGGAAAGCAAUUAUAAAGAUGAUAAAAGGUGACUUCCAUGUAGUGGAGUAUCUUGGCUGGGAGAGUACUUAUACAGAAAUAGUGGGCAGUGAAAGACUAAGGCCGAAAAACCCAAAUCCUCCUAUAAGUAAAAGUACUUUCCAUAAAUUUGAAAUUGAAGUACCUGAAGAACUAAGGGAGUAUGCAAAAAUGGACUCUGCACAUAAAGAGUUCCAGAGGGCUAUUGAGGCUGCUAUUUGUCGGUAUGUUCCUGAGCGAGGGGUUCUUAGUGUUAUUUCUCGAAGUGAACAAUCAAAGAAAAGAUCUCAGAUGCUUCAAGAAAUGCAUUUUCGGAACCUCACACAGAAGGUUCUGUUGCUCAAACGCACCGAAGAAGCAGCUAGGCAACUUGAGUCUACAAAGCUGCAGAAUGUUGGGGGCAGAUUUAGGUCUUCAAACUUUAAUUAUCAGCGUGUCUCAAACUAUGAGGCAGGGCUGAGAGCAAAUUCAAGACCGCUGAAUCGGUAAAAAAGGCUCGAAGCAUGUUGGAGUACAGUGAAGAAUCUAUUCAAGUUCCUCGAGUGUUGGUGGGGAAAGUCAUUGGAAAGAAUGGCAGGAUCAUUCAGGAAAUUGUGGACAAAAGUGGUGUGGUUAGAGUCAAAAUAGAGGGAGAUAAUGAACCACAGCCAACAAUCCCUCGUGAAGAAGGUCAAGUUCCUUUCGUUUUUGUAGGAACUGUAGAAAGUAUAGCCAAUGCAAAGGUGCUGUUGGAAUAUCACUUAGCACACCUAAAGGAAGUGGAAGCAUUAAGGCAAGAAAAGUUGGAAAUUGAUCAACAGCUACGAAGUAUACAUGGUACUACAAUGGGCUCAAUGCAGAACUUCCCUAUUCAGAGGCGCAACGACAGGGGCUACAAUUCAGACAUGGAUGGUGGGAGCAGUCGGGGCCGUGGUGGGCCAGCAAGAGGUCGUGGCAGAGGACGCGGAGGUGGUGGUGGUGCUCGGCACAAUGAUGCAAGAUUUAAUUCGGGUUCAAGGCAUGCAACCCCAGAUACAGCUGAUGAGCGAGUUCGUGACUUACCACCCCGUCAGCAGCAUCAGUACAUGUCAUCUGCAGCAGGAAGUGGUUCACGUCAACCUGUUUCCAAUCAAGUGAUUCAGGGACAGCAGUCUGGAGGAGGUGCUCCACUUCCUGUUAGUGGUCGGCAAUCCCAGCGCAGGGAGAACCGCCGCGAUGAACGUCGACGUACCACUGAUGAUGAAGAGACAGUUCUUGACAGUCAAGAUGUGUCUAGUGUGGAUCAUGAGUCAGUGUCGAGCGUCGAGGGCUCCAGAACUCGCCGCCGCAGAAGACACAGGCGCAGGAUACGUCAGCGUAGCCAGACACCUUCUGGAGAGAACAUUAACACCAGUAGCACUGAAGGAACUGGCAUAGUUCCCGUCACGAAUGACCCUCAGUUUACUGCUAAAGAGGAGUCACAAAACAAUGAAGGACCUCCAAAGGGACAGCGUGAACCAAAGUCUCGUAAUCAGAGACCCCCACCCUCAAAACGCAAUGAGGGUAAACCAAAAGAAGCUUUGGUGAAUGGUACUUCUGCUUAGAAGUGUGUGUAUUGGAUAUGCCACGCACAAUGGCCUCGAUGAACCAGCGUUAUUCUGAACGUAGUUUUGAAGUAUUUACAGGAAUGCAAGGCAACGGGAUAAGUGAUUUAGCUUGCAGGAGUGCCAAGAUGUCAGUUUAUUGAUGACAAUUAAACUGACAUUAUGCCUACAUCUUAUACAAUGAGCAGCUUGCAGCAACUUCUUGAAAGGAUGUACUUACAUAACUUCCAGUCAGCUCCACUCCAUAAAGUACGUUAUGGAAAAGUAUAAUGUUUGAACAUAUUAAGAAUUAAACGAUAAAUUUGAACUACAUGUGGAUUGUAGCAUUUAAAAUUCAAAACAUUCUGUUUUCGUAGGCUAACUGAGUGCCCUGUUUUGCUUUUUCUUCUUUGUAAGAAGUUAACACAUGAGAGGAUACAUAAAUUCACUCCCAUGUAUGCUACAGUGGAGAGUUUACUGAAUCAUAAUGUGGCUUACUCAGAGCUUCUCAGCCUCAAUUUUCCGUCUUUGUUUUAGCGUUGAGUCCAUUUGUCUUUCACAUUGAACUUUACCUCUAUGUAAAACUAUUUCAAAUAGGUUUUUUCUUUUUCUUUUUUUUCUUUUUUUUAAAAUAAAAUGUGUGAGUUAAUACCUAUUAGAUGGCAGCUGCAUUCUUACGCGUAGCUGCAGAUAAUCUACACUAUUUAUUGUCUCCUUUUGUUGCCUACUGUAACUAUAAUUUAUUUUCUGUCCAACAAUGUUUAGUUUUAACUGCACGGCUUAGUACAGUGUUGUCUUGUAGCAAAGAAAAAAAAUGAUUUGAAUCUGAAAAGCAAUAAAAUUUAAGAAUUUGUGUUCUCAGCUCAUGUAAUUUGAUUUUUUCCUAUUUUUUUGUCAUGUGAAAAGAAUUUAUAAAAUUGUUCAUAAUUUUGAUAAUUAAGUUAGUAUUGUGCAAAAAUAUAAUAAGAGUGUGUGAUUUUUGUGAGAUUUGGAAAAUAUGAGGCAGCUAGCUAUCUGCCUUUAUUGUAAUUUUCCUUCCAGUGGAUAUUGAUGAUUAUGAUUAAUCGAUAUUAUAAUACAAAUGAUGACAGUUGAGAUUCUUUUAUGGGAGAAGCUGUCAUAGGUAACAAAGUGUAAAUUUUGUUAUUCUUAGCAACAUACAAUAUUGGCAGAUAGAUGACCCUAUGCUGCAUAGAUAUUUAAACAUAAAAUUGCCUUGGAAUGAAUUGUUUUCCUGGCUGAUUGCCAUACUAACAGCUUAACUGGAUCUGAGUAAUAUAGCAGUGAGUUCUGACUCUUACACAAACAUUAUUGUAGCACUGUUUUUAUAUUUUUCUAUCUUUUUGUUUUAUUUGGGGAAAGAAGCCAUCGCAAAGUUCGUAGUGUACAGCAUAGUAUUUAAAAAGAAAUGGAUCAGAUGCCCUAGUACACAUGGAAACAUACAUCAUAUACAUUUAAAAUGUUUAAUUAUUAAAAAUGUAAAGUUCUGAUUUCUAUUACAUUGAUUAUUGUUAUUUAGUUUUGGGUUUUCAUUUGUAAAUAUUUCUUUAUAGUGUCUGUGUGAAAUACACAGCCACUUUGUACCUCGGCAUACACGGACUGCAUUUUCACAUACUGUAUAUUUGACAUUCAAAUAUAAAAGCAGUGCUUUAGAUGGUUAUUAUAUUUACAGAAAAAAUGUCAUAUUUGCAUUUUUGUUAUUUUAUGGCAUCUGUCAAACUGUAAUCUUCCAGAGAAAGCUUUGCUUGGAAUGAUUUAAUCUGAUGUGGAGCAACUUUUUCCCUUAUUUUUUUGUUUGGAAAUAAUUUUGCAACUUCCUACAUUAUUAGGUGUAUGGCCGUACAUAAUUUUCAUUGCCAAAGUAGAGAGAGAGAGAGAGAGAGAGAGAGAGAGAGAGAGAGAGAGAGAGAGUUCUACAUUCUGCUCAUGUCAUGUGUACUUAAUUAUUGCUCAAAGAGUGGAACACUUUUUUGUAAUAUUUGUUCCUAAGCUUCACUACAGCAAUGAUCACACAGGGAUCAUUACUUCAUUUUGUUAAAUAAAUUAUUUGUAAAAUUUGAUGAAAUGUCUGGAAGUCAGCAGUCUGAGGAAAAGUGUGAUUAGUGGUUUCAGAUGAAUGGACCGUGCUAUUUCUAGCCAUUGAGAAUUGGAAUGGACUGUCAUUAAAAACUGCUGAAGUAAAUAUAUUAA